AUGCCCCCCGUCGAAACCAGCGCUGCUGUAUAUCAUAUCUCAGAGAAAGAGGACAACGUAGCGACAUGGACUACCAGCGCAACCACUGGAGUAGAAACGAAAUGGGCCGUACCUGAGCAUAUCCAUCGCUCGCGAAUGCCGGGCCCUGCACAAACUUCUUUCUCAAAUACUUUCUUUAAUGCAAAAACGGAGGAUCUGACGGGGCUCGUAAAGCGAGACAGUGAAUAUCCGUCGAAUGGGGGCGGCUACGCAGAUGUAUAUAUAGGCAAGCUAACGAGAAAAGGGAGGAGCAUCAAGGUUGCAAUCAAAGUAAUUCGGUCUCAUACAUACACUGCUUCGAAUCAAUGGAAGAUAGACAAGAGAUUGAGAAGAGAGAUCCGGCUAUGGGCCUUGUUGCGACAUCCUAACGUAGUUCCAUUGCUGGGGACUACCACCGGCUUUGGACCCUACCUAGCGAUGGUCUGCCCGUGGAUGGAACAUGGAAACCUGAGCCAAUAUCUCAACAAAAAGGUUCUUGAGCUGACCUUGCGAAAACGGUUGCAAAUUUUGGCAGAUGUCAUAGAGGGCCUAGCCUAUUUGCAUUCGCAGUCCGUCAUUCAUGGCGAUUUAACAACCGGGAACAUACUGAUGGACGAAGACAGGGCACAUUUAAGUGACUUUGGCCUGUCGAACGCUAUGGCCGAAGUGCGACACAACUCGUUCAUCAGUUCUACCGUUGGCGGGUCUCCGAGAUGGGCAGCGCCCGAGCUGUUGCACUUUGGCCUUGCUGUCCCGGAUGUCACCAAGUAUUGCGAUAUAUAUUCGCUCGGCGGCGUCAUGCUUCAGACAAUAACUGGAAGGAUCCCGUAUGAGAACAUUCUACUCGACGUGCAGGUCCUCAUGGAGGUGAUGAAAGGUAGAACACCUGCGAGACCACCGGAAGCCCUUCUAUCAGACGAAUUGUGGAAUCUCAUUCUCUCAUGUUGGACAAAGGAACCAGCUGCCCGACCAGAAAUUGGCCAAUUGAGGGAAUAUCUACACGUUAUUCGAUAUGAAUGCAGUGAAGAGGAGCUUUCGGCCAACAUCGUAUUUCCAGAGAAAUUACUGCCAGGACAAGAUGAUGACAUGAUGAUAGGUGAAGCUCACUAG